AUGUUGCUUUUCGUGGUGAUUUUUUGCUUCAUCGCACUCGCCUCAGCGCAGCAGAAGUCAUAUUACUUUCCGUUGCCGACUGCGAAUUGCACGGCUUUUGGGUAUAUCGAAUGCCCGUUGGAAGGCGGGUGCCAAAAGGAGAUCCGUUACCACGCUGGGCUCGAGGUGGCUCGCAGCUGUGUAUUUCUACGCAAGGCCGCGCCUCGUGGGGACGGCCGAGAGCAGCGAGGCAGGACGACGCAGCAACCCCGACGUGUGGCUUCGCGGCUUUUCGGUUACGCGGGGCCUUGGAAGGCCGAUGGGAUCAGGUUAGCUGGGAUUUCU